AUGCUCUUCUCAAGAAGGAUAGCAUCAGCUGCGGCUGCGGCCGCGGCGCUGGUCACGACAGCCUCAGCGCAGACAUAUUCUACCUGCAAUCCCCUCCACCAAACAACAUGUCCCGCCGACACCGCUCUCGGCAUGUCAAUCCACGUCGACUUCACCCAGGGCGCCGUCAACUCCUUCGCCGCCUCCGGCAACCCGACCUACGGUAGCGACGGCGUCACCUUCACCGUCGCCUCCUCCGGCCAGGCGCCCCAGCUCAUGUCCCUCUUCUACAUCAUGUUCGGCCGCGUCGAAAUCACCCUCAAAGCAGCCACCGGCGCCGGCAUCGUCUCCUCCCUCGUCCUCCAGUCCGACACCCUCGAUGAGAUCGACCUCGAGUGGCUUGGCGCCGACCCGACCGAGGUCCAGUCCAACUACUUCGGCAAGGGCGACGUCACAACCUACAACCGCGGCGCCUUUCACAAGACGGACAACAACCAGGAGAAGUUCAUGAAGUACACCAUCGACUGGACCUCGGAGCGUAUCGUCUUCACCGUCGACGGCACCGUCGUCCGCACCCUCACCGAGGCCGACGCCGACACGAACCAGUACCCCCAGUCCCCCAUGCAGGUCAAGUUCGGCGCCUGGUCCGGCGGCGACCCGGCCAACGCCCCCGGCACCAUCGACUGGGCCCGCGGCCCCACCGACUUCUCAAAGGGCCCCUUCCACAUGGUCGUCAAGGACGUCGCCAUCACCGACUACUCCACCGGCAAGGAAUACAAGUACACCGACACCUCGGGCAACUGGGGCUCCAUCGAGGCCGUCGACGGCAAGGUCAACGGCAACCUGAACGGCGCGGGCUCCAUCACCGUCACGGCGAGCGCGGCCGCCGAGACGGGCUCCUACCCCACCGUGCCGGCGGGCGGCAUCGGCUCCGACGCGUCCGCCACACUCACGCAGACCGGGUGGCCAUGGGUCGCGAGCGCGAGGCCGACGGGCGGUUCGGUCCCCGAGGGUUGGCGUAUGACCUCCGAGGGCAAGAUUAUACCCGACGCCGGCAACUCAGUGAGGCCGCAGCUCGUUCUGUUGCUGUCCUUCAUCGUUGGUGCUGUCGCCCUGGUUGGGCGGUAG